CUGCAGCUUCAUGAAAGAGGAUUGAAACUACAGCAGGCUAUUUACAGUCAGGCCUGCAAGCUGUUGGCGGAUGACUACGAGCAAGUGCGCAGCGCUGCAGUUCAGCUGAUUUGGGUCCUCAGUCAACUUUACCCUGAAAGCAUCGUCCCAAUUCCUUCUUCUAAUGAAGAAAUACGCCUGGUUGAUGAUGCAUUUGGAAAAAUCUGUCAUAUGGUUAGCGAUGGUUCCUGGGUUGUUAGAGUACAAGCUGCUAAAUUAUUGGGUUCCAUGCAACAAGUUAGCUCCCAUUUCUUAGAGCAGACCCUUGACAAGAAGCUCAUGUCGGAUCUGAGGAGGAAGCGCACUGCGCACGAACGAGCCAAAGAACUCUACAGCUCUGGGGAGUUUUCAAGUGGCAGAAAGUGGGGAGAUGAUGCUCCCAAAGAAGAAAUCGAUACAGGUGCUGUGAACUUGAUUGAAUCAGGAGCUUGUGGGGCCUUUGUUCAUGGCCUGGAAGAUGAGAUGUAUGAGGUGCGGAUUGCUGCAGUUGAAGCUCUCUGUAUGUUGGCUCAGUCCUCUCCUUCUUUUGCGGAGAAAUGCCUGGAUUUUUUGGUUGACAUGUUUAACGACGAAAUUGAGGAGGUGAGGUUGCAGUCAAUACACACCAUGAGAAAAAUUUCCAACAACAUCACGCUGCGGGAAGACCAGCUGGAUACAGUGUUAGCUGUCUUGGAGGAUUCUUCAAGGGACAUCCGGGAAGCGCUUCACGAGCUGUUGUGUUGCACCAACGUCUCAACUAAAGAAGGCAUCCAUCUCGCACUGGUGGAGCUGCUGAAAAACCUGACUAAGUAUCCCACAGACAGAGAAUCCAUAUGGAAAUGUUUGAAGUUCCUGGGAAGCAGGCAUCCUACUUUGGUGCUUCCAUUAGUCCCUGAGCUGCUGAGCACACAUCCAUUCUUUGACACUCCCGAACCGGACAUGGAUGACCCAGCCUGUAUCUUUUUCAUGAAGCCAGUUGACU